AUUUUUAUCCAAUCAAUGCACAGCUCUGUUGUUUGCUCUCCUUUUUGAAUUGAGCUCUAACAGCAGACUGACAUCCACCCAGUCCUACUCCGAAGUGGUUCGCCGUCAACAAUCUAAGGAUUGCGGUUGUAAUUCGCACAAUGAAUUGAUACGUGACAUAUUUCAUUUUAUCGGAGUAAUGUCGCGGCCUCAUGACAGUUUCUGGACGAAAGAAGUUUUUUUUAGAACCUUUUAAAACUUUGUAGCCCUACAGCUAGCUAAGCUAGCUAGCAAGUUCUUUAAAGUUAACUGGUUUUGCAGCCAGUUAGCCACAACUAGGUUUUUAUUUCCUGUUUUAUUUAGGGAAUCGACACAACAAUUGAAUUGCAGUCAGUUGGAGCUUCCUGGGGUUGCUGCCAUGGCCGACAGCAGUAUAGUGACUUUGGGGACGGCUCGAAGUUUGCUUGUGGAUUCUUCAGUCUAUGAUUCCAGGAUUACUGAAACGACUAAAGACCAUCAUGCAUUAUUAAAUACGACUUGUGAGGAUGGGGAAGAUAUGCUGCCAAAAGUGGAGACUCGUGUUGUUCUGGUUGGAGAAGCAGGCAGAAAUGGAGCACUGGUCAAAGCUCUGCAGGCCGUCAGAGUAAUGGAGGUACCCGUGGUAAAGAUAAGAGAAGGCGAGGCUGGUGCCGAGGAGAAAAUGAUGAUAAAAUCUAUAGUCAAUAUGGACAUCAACAGCCCAUUCUUAGUGACUGAGAACGUCCAGGAGUUUGGAGAUGGCGAUAACACGGAGUUUGAGACCGUGUUUGUCCUCACAGACUUUAACUCCCCCGACUACAGCUACCUCUACAAACGCGAUAACCGAAUCAUCGGCCCCCCCGUUGUUCUGCACUGUGCAGCCAAAGAUGAGCCUCUACAUUUUUCCUGCCGUCCCCUGUACUGCACGACCAUGCUCAGUCUGUCUCUGUGUUUCACGGGCUUCAGGAACAAGGAAAUGAUGAAAACUUUGGUGAAUCUGGUUCAUCACAUGGGCGGAACCAUCCGGAAAGAUUUUAGCUCCAAGGUUACUCAUCUCAUUGCUAACUCAACUAACGGGGAGAAAUACAGGGUAGCGGCGUGUAUGGGGACUCCCAUCCUGAGUUCAUCUUGGAUUCAGAAGGCGUGGGAGAGAAGGGAUGAUGUGGAAUUUCAUGCAAACGAUGAGGAGUUCCGGCUGGAGUUCAAAGUUCCUCCGUUCCAAGACUGCAUUCUUAGUUUCCUGGGGUUCUCGGAGGAAGAAAAGGCCAACAUGGAGGAGAGGACUCUUAAACAUGGCGGCUGGUACCUGGAGGUUGGAGACGAGAGGUGCACUCACCUGGUGGUGGAAGAAAACUCGGUGAAGGAGCUGCCAGUAUCGCCUUCAAAGAAACUGUUUGUGGUCAAACAGGAGUGGUUCUGGGGAAGCAUUCAGAUGGAUGCUCGGGCCGGAGAGUCCAUGUACCUUUAUGAAAAGAAUGACAGCCCAGCCAUGAAGAAGGCCGUGUCCCUCCUCUCCCUCACCACCCCAAACAGCAACCGGAAGCGCCGGCGUUGGCGGGACACGCUGGCUCAGCUCGCCAAGGAGACGGACAUCUCCCCUUUCCCUCCACCGCGCAAAAGACCGUCAGCAGAGCACUCCUUAUCCGCUGGCUCGCUGCUCGACAUCUCCAACACCCCCGAGACAUGCAAAGCGUUAUCGGAAGACAGAGUAGGAGACGGUACUGCUGCCAGGGACAGUGCUGUGACCAGGAAUAGGAUGAGAAGGAAAGCCAAAGAAAGGAGAUCUAGGACUGAUAGGGAGGAAAGGAAGAAAAGGUCCCACCUGAGAAAAAAAUCCUGUCGGCGAUCAACCGAAGAGCAACAUGAAAAUGCUUCUCCAGAGAGUUCCAAGCCAUCCAAGAGCUCAACUCCGGCUCUGUCCAAGCAGUCGGCCAGGUGGCAGGUCUCCAAGGAGCUCUACCAGACUGAAAGCAACUAUGUAGACAUUUUAAACACCAUUCUACAGCUUUUCAAGCAUCCACUGGAGAAAGAAGGCCAAGUAGGAGGACCCAUCUUGGCUCAGGAGGAAAUGAAAACCAUUUUUGGCAGCAUUCCAGAAAUCUACGAAGUUCACACCAGAAUAAAGAAUGACCUAGAAGAACUCCUCACAGACUGGUCAGAAAGCCAGAGCGUGGGAAACGUCAUUCUCAAAUAUUCCAAAGAGUUGCUGAAGGCCUACCCCCCAUUUGUCAACUUCUUUGAAAUGAGCAAGGAGACCAUUGUUCGCUGUGAGAAGCAAAAGCCGCGCUUCCACGCAUUCCUUAAGAUCAACCAGGCCAAACCUGAGUGUGGCCGGCAGACGCUCGUGGAGUUACUCAUCAGACCAGUGCAGAGACUGCCAAGUGUGGCCCUCCUCCUCAGCGAUAUAAAGAAACACACGCCAGAUGACAACCCAGACAAGAUAACACUGGAGGAAGCAAUAGAGGCUUUGAAAGAAGUGAUGACUCACAUCAACGAAGACAAAAGGAAGACUGAAGGCCAAAAGCAGAUAUUUGAUGUGGUUUAUGAAGUUGAUGGUUGUCCUGCCAAUUUGCUGUCCUCCCAUCGAAGCCUGGUUUACAGAGUUGAAACGAUCGCACUUGGAGACGAUCCCUGUGACCGUGGAGAACACGUCACACUCUUCCUCUUUAAUGACUGCCUCGAGAUUGCAAGGAAGCGACACAAGGUGAUCAAUACGUUUAAGAGUCCUCUGGGACAGACGAGGCCUCCUCCCCCACUGAAGCACAUCGCUCUGAUGCCUCUGUCUCAGAUCCGGAGGGUACUGGACCUGAAGGACACGGAUGAGUGUGCGAACGCAUUCGCCUUGGUGGUUCGCCCUCCGACUGAACAGGAGAACUUGUUGUUCAGCUUCCAGCUGGUUGGAGAGGAAACGGUUAAAAACGCCUGGCUGCGUACACUUUGUCGUCAUGUUGCCAACACCAUCUGCAGGGCUGAUGCGGAGGAUCUCAUUCAGUGCACAGACCCAGACUCACUGCAGGUCAGCACGAAGGAUAUGGACAGCACGCUGAGCAAAGCAUCCAGAGUGAUCAAGAAGACCUCUAAAAAGGUGACCAGGGCAUUUUCUUUUUCCAAAACCCCCAAACGGGUCAUCCAGAGAGCCUUUUUGGCCAACAGCACUCCAGAUGAGAAAAGCAAAAGGCUGAGCUGUGAAAACCGUGCCUGCAGCAGCUCCACGCUGGCCGCACACCACUCCCCCUCGAUGGUUCAUCUGCCAUCUAUGUUCGAGAAAAAAUAUCACACAUUUAGUCGGUCGACCACCCACCUCUUCUAGAGCAUCGGUGCAUGAUGGCGCCAGCAACAUCAACCUUGUAUUAUAAAGAUUUGAUCAGAAAGUGCUGUGUAUAGUUGAGUCAGUGACGCAUAGCAGACCUGUAUCUGCUUGUGUGUGAAGCUCUAAACAAAGUUUCCUUAUUCAGAGGAAACGUUGAACAGUAUUUAGAAGAACGAGAGGCUGGUAUGGGCAAAUUGAUGAUCAGCGGUGUCAGAAAUGUUGAGUUGAGUCAGAUUUCAAUUGAAACGAUACACGAUUGUGCGUAACGCUGAAGUUUGUCACAAUGCAUCUAUAUAAACGUCCUUCCGUUAGAUUUGAAACUAAUAAAGUAGUCUGGUGUAUCUUUCCUAACGCGCACUGGUUUAACAAGCCUUUAUUACCAGACACUAACUGGAAUGGUGCUGUUCCUCUGCUGAAUGGGUCGCCUUACAUUUAAAAUAAGUGAAGGAUUCUCUGUUGCGUUCUAUUAUUGGCUUGUUUUGUUAUAACUGACAUCUGUUAACCUGCGGUUUGGUUUUGUGGUCACAUCUGUUAGCUCGGACUCUGCUGGAUGAUUGACUUGUGAGUUGGCACUAGCCAUAGCACAAGUUAACAUCGUGUUUCCUUUUCUAAUCUUUGUGCGGUUGAGAUUUUUCCAUUUAACUGAUUCUUGUUGAGCUCUUUUUAUUGUUUUUCAUUUACUACCUUUGAGUGAAAUCUUUUUACAAGCUGACAUUUGAUCCUGCUUUGUUUGAGUAGAGUAGGUUGAUAUCACCUGUUAUAAUUCUAUGUGCUAUCUUCAGGUAAACCUCUGAUGGUUUCCAGCUUUUAUAAAGCUAUUUUAACAUUUUGAGGACUGAAGAAUUAAAGCACAUCUUGCUCUUCCUCCAUGUGCGCUCGUCCCAGUUUGUUUUUUUUGUUUUUUAUUUUGGAGGGCGGAUCUAUCUGUUCAUAUUUAUUCUUUAUGGAUACACAAAGUCCUGCUUUUUAGUGCUAUUUAUGGUGAUUCCACUUUUCUGUCAUUUCUUUAAAAAUUUUUGUCACUGGUUAUUUUAUUUCUAUUAAAUGAUCAUAACCAUUA